AUGUCUUUGAUAAUAUCCAAACAUCCUUUGGUUGCUCAUAAAAUCUCACUUCUUCGUAAUAAGGACACAAAGCCAAAACAAGUUCGGGAACUAUUAAAUGAAAUCGGUCAAUUACUUGCAUAUGAAGCUACACUAGACUUACCAUUAAAAUCAACUAAUAUUUUAAAAGGCCCAUUGGAUCAAUAUCAAGGAGUUGAGAUCGAUUGUAAAAUAGGUCUCGUGCCUAUUUUAAGAUCAGGAUUAAGUUUUGUCAAUGCAUUCCAAGAGUUAAUACCUACAGCCAGAGUUUUACAUUUGGGUAUUUUUCGAGAAAAGAUCUCAUUACAACCUGUUGAGUACUAUAAUAAAUUACCAUCAGAACCAAAUAUUGAUCAAGUGAUAGUGUUGGAACCGAUGAUUGCAACUGGUGGUACAGCCAAUGCUACUAUCAAUAUUUUAAAAGAUUGGGGUAUAAAAAACAAGAUCAAGUUUAUAAGUGUUUGUGCCUCUCGUCAGGGAAUUGAAUAUAUUUUGAAAAUGCACACAGAUGUUGAAAUAUUUGUUGGAGUUGUGGAUGAAAUCUUGGAUGAGCAUGGUUAUAUUAUUCCAGGUUUAGGUGAUGCUGGUGAUAGAUUAUAUGAUACUACACAUUUGUGA